GUAAUCAAAGAAAAAAGGAUCAACACGCGAUUAGGUAAUUUCCUUUCUCCUGCUUUACAAAAUUUCUCCCCCAUACCGUAAACUUCACGCGAAUGGAGCCUAAGCGGAGCGGCAAUGCCACCUGUCUCGAACGUGCCCGUGAGCGUGAGUAUUGGCAGCAUUGUCAACGUAUUUUAAGCCAGAAUGCGAGGAUCAACAAUUCAACCCCAAGCAGUUUUAUGUUCAGGCGACCCAUCGGUGAGGGUCCGAUCCGCCCGCAUGUGUCCGAGCGCAAUCGCCAGAUAAACCUUGAUAAUACCAAACUUGUUGAGCGGAUGUUGAACAUUAUGCAGACCCAGGGCGGGAUCGACAACAGCCCGCCAUGGCGGGAUCACAACAAGGCCAUCAACUCCCAGCGCGUUCGCGAGGUUAACCAGCGCCGUAUAGCGGAUGAAAAUCUUAAGCUUCUUGGGCGCCUCGAGAGGGUUCGGCCGGUGUACAAUGCUGAGCAAUUUGAGUUAGAACACGCUCAAAAUGAGGAAUAUGCUGCGCGUAUUAGCCGUUAUCCAUAUCGCCGUAUAAACAGAUAUGGAAUGGUGCCGUACGACAAGAUGUAGCUCGCAAAGAGUAACAGUAGGAUCACAAACAGACGCAUCACAACGGAAUACACAGGGAUAAACCUGACCUGCCAAUUUAUUGAGCAACAUUUUAUAGUGUGUAGAGCAAGAAACCCUGAUUACUCUACGCAAGGUGGACUAGUGCGUGAUGAUAUUUUUUAUACAUUAUUCUCCUUAGAUGCUGUACCUGGAUGUCUUUUGAAACCAUUUCUCCUCAUUCAUAUAUAUCUUUUGUAAUCCACACAAUAAUUAGAAACGAAGUAAAGACGGGACAAA